UCUUUCUCUUCCUUCAAGGCAAACCUGACCUUCAUCGCUGCGGAUUUUACGACUGGGCCCUUCAACUAUCGUGGAGCAUACGAUGGCUGACUUUCGUUCUGUCCUCAAGAAGACAGGACUGCGCGAAGAAGCAGAGACGACCUCCCCCAGCACGGCCUCGGCACCGAAAGCUUCUCCUCCCGCAAAGUCCGCUUCUCCAUCCAAGGUCGUGAAGGGAGCUGCCUCACCCAAGGACGACGAUUUGCAGAAGAAACUCGCGGCAAGGAGACAGUGGGAGCAAGAGGAGGAGAAGAAGAAGAAGUCGCAUGCUGCUGCUGCUGCCCCCCCGCAAGGUCGAGGAGGACAGGCCAACGUGGGAAGCGCGCCGGGAGUUAUUCCUCCUGCCGAAGAUUUGCAGGCAAAGCUUGCGAGGAGGAGGCAGUGGGAGAGUGAAGCCUCCAGUGCUGGCAAUGAACCCUCUGCUCCGUCUUCCAGCAUGCAGAAGCCCUCGAAGAACGGUGAGGAGGAGGAGGAGGAGGAGGAGGAAGAGUCGAACAAGCUCCCGCCAUGGAAGCAAGGAGUAGCAGGUUCAAGCAAACAGAGCCCUGCUAAGAAGGAGGAAGUCAUCAAGAGCGAGGCCCCGAAGGUCUCUUCUGCUCCUGUGCUCAGCGCUCCGGGUGUAGUACCUCCUGCUGAAGACCUUGCCAGCAAACUCGCGAGGAGGAGGCAGUGGGAAAACGGCUCUUCCUCUGAGGAAAAAGUUGGCAAGCAGGAACAAAAUGUGAAGGAGGUGGCGAAGAAUGGCACAGCAGAACGACCAAGAGAAGAAGAUCGAGCUGAGGUGAAGGAGAGUACGGUAAAGGAGGAUGCGGCAGUGAAGGCGGAUGAGCGAGUUGAAGCGCCUGUCAAGGCCUCAGAAGCUGCGACGAGACGUGAAGAAGCUGAGAAGGUUGUGGAGAAGACAGAAGGGCUGAAGACAGGCCUGAAGAAAACAGGUCUCCUCCCUUCAUCUUCAUCUUCACCUUCACCUCCGGCACAGCCGAAGGACGAUGAGGAGACGGUUGAAAGAGCCAAGCAGCUCCUUGCCUCAGCUCGACAGCAGAAGGAGGAGAGCAGCCGCGUGAAGAAGCUGGCAGCAUCAAGCUUGUUCAGGGAGGAGGAAGAGGAGGAGGAAGGGACUCGUUCCCCUCUGUUCAAGAAGGAUGUCAAGGAGGCGAAGCAGGCUGAUCAGCUGUUCAAGGAGAAGCCUCACCCUACCAAGGUUGAUCCUCCUUCCAAGGCUCAGACCUUCUUCGAGGAAGAGACGGGCGAGUUGACGGCGGAGGAAAGGAGGAAGCUGGAGGAAGAGGAUCGUAGAGCGCAGGAGGAGGCGAAGAUGUUGGAGCAGAAGACCAAGGAAGCACAAGCACGAGCGAUCAUGCUGAGGCAGAGAGCGCAGAGCGCCAUGUUCGAUGAUGACGUGGACGAGACCGAGGCUCUGCUGCAGAAGAUGAAGACGAGGAAAGAGGACGAUAACGGAGCUUCACUGGUGAAUAAGAUGAAGGAGAUCGGAUCCUCCUACAAGGCUGCCAUGGUGAAGGAAAGGGAGCACAAGCAGGAGGCGAGCCAGGCGAGCCAGGAGGAGGAGCGAGAGGAAAGAAAUGACUUCGAUGAGGAGAAGGAAGUGUCGGAGGCGAUCAAGAAACUUGACAUGCACCGAGGUCCCCGAGAGGAGGAGGCACACCCUGCGAGCGGGGGCCAACGAGCUGAGAAAUCCUUCCAAGACAAGAAGGGCACGUUUGAGCAGGCGGGGGAGAUCUUUACCUACGGAGGAGCGUCUGUGCUGUAUGAGAAGAAAGGUUCUCCUGCUCCUCCCAGCAAGGGGAAGGUCCCUCCCAAGAAGCCCGAGAACCCUCCUCCCAGACCGGAAGCUCCGCAAGUUGUAACCCCCACGCUGACUGCCAAGGAGAAGUCUCUGUUUGGGGCGGAGGAGGAGGAGGAGACGAGCGCAAGGACAAAUCCCAAGUCUUCUCUGAAGCUUCUGUUCGGGGAUGGAGGGGAGGAGGAAAAGCCCAAGAAGAAGCCCUCCUCGUCCUCCUCGUCCUUGUUCGAAGCCGAUUUCAAGGGCAGCGAGUCGAAGGCUGCGCCCACUGAAACUGCCAAAAUCAGCGGCGAUAGUCUCCGACCGGCUGUGCUGAGCGGAGGAGCAGUAGACCCUCUCAUGAAGGCUGUGGUGGAUGAGCAGGAGCAGGAGAAGACCAAGGGGUUUGCAAGCGUAGAUGUCUCAGAUCUGAAAAUUCCUUUGAAGCAAGCUGAAACUUCGCUGAGUCCCCAAAAACCGCAAGGCAAAGAAGAAACUUCAGUGUUGAUACCCACCGAGGACGAGAAACCCAAACGUCCACCAGCCCCGCCUCCUGUCCCUCCUCCUAGCGUUCCUCCUCCUACAGCUGCUCCUCCCCAUGUCAAAGCUCCUCCCCCUCCCAGCGCUCCUCCUCCCGGCGUUCCCCUUCCUUCUGCUCCUCCCCCCUCAGCACCCCCUCCCUCCGUUCCUCCCCCAUCGUCCUCCUCCCAUUCUCCGCUGGAGGGCAGGAUCCUGCAGAGAAGGCGUCGAAACGACCUCCUCCUCCUCCAGGCAAACCUCCUCCUCCUCCGGGCCCUCCGCCUUCCAAGUCCGGAUCGAUGGAAGCUCCUCCUCAACGCGCCGCUCCUCCUCCUCCCCCUGGAAAGAAGCCAACUAAAACAGCUGAGAGUCUCGGGUUGUUCGGCGGGGACGACAAGGAGGACGGAGGAGGGUCUUUGUUUGGAGGCAGCAAGAGCUCCAGCCUCUUUGACGACUGAUCAACGGGGCCACUGCCGCUCUGUCGGGGCCAGGCUGGGAGUGACCGGGUACGGUGCGGUAGGACUUGCAGGCUUGGCACUCAGUGUCACUGGCGACUGAGUAAACCA